AUGAACGACAAAGACAUCCGCACUGUGGAAAGGGAAACUGGCCUAGAGUUUUGGAUGCUUCUACUACUGCCUUCCUUUUGCUGUUCUCACGUCAGUUUGCCUCAGAUGUCUCUGUUGCUCAGCGCGUCAGGGCACACCAUCCAGUUUGACCCUCUGGGCACACCACAAGCAGACCUACCCUACUUUCUCUUUCCCUUUAAAGAGCUCGCCAUAAAGAACACGCUUUGGGAUUCUGUCAUUAUCCAUCCGGGUCUUAUACUCCGUCCAUCUGAGUUGGGCUAUCAGGAUCAUGGCUUCAAUCUUAGUGGUUUCGCCGCGGUUCAGGACCUCAAAGUUUUUAUGUUAUGCUUAUUUAAUAAUCUCCCCUCCCUAUCUCUCUCUCUCUCUCUCUCUCUAUCUAUCUAUCUAUCUAUCUAUCUAUCUAUCUAUCUAUUUAAAUUUAGUUUUUCUAAAGAAAGUAAUAAUUUUUUUUUAAUCCGUCAGAUUCUUUAA